AUGACCGUUUCCCAAGACAAGAUGCUCGUGCUAUCGCCGUUGUUCGAGGUCAAGAAGACGCCCUAUGGUGGGCGUGGGUGCUAUGCGUUGGCGCCGAUCGCCAAGGGCUCGGAGGUGCUUUGUUGCAAGGCGCCGCUCAGUUCAUCGAUUCUUCGAUCUUUCAAAAAGGAGGUCUGUUCGUGGUGUUUCCACUACGAGAACGGGUCCAACUUGAAACAUAGGGCCCCCGGUGUGCCCAACAACUUUUACUUCUGCUCUGCGCAGUGCGCAGACUCGUUUGUUCGAUGGGAUGAGCUUGCGGUGUACCGGUCGUGCAUAGACAGUGUGGAGGAACAAUACCUCCGGGUGCAAAAGAAGAAGCCCACGUCCAAUGUAGACAGCCUGGCAGACAGCCUGGCAGUCACAGCAGAACUGGUCGAGUGUAGCUGGCUUGAAGUUAACCGUUGGGAGGAAAGACUCCCGCAGAAGCCCACCAAGCGAAUGAACUUGAUCCCCUACGUCGAUGAGAACGAAUUGUUGGAGAUCAAGUACGCCGUGGGAGUCUUGUAUGAGAUGUACAAGAGACACCUGAAGCAGCAGGAUCCAACCGGUGAAGACUCAGACCCAGAAGCUCAUCCACAAGACGAAAACUUCCUCUCAUUCGAUCUUCUUCAAUCCGAUGAGCUCUUGAAGUUGCAAAAAUAUCCAGCACUCGUGGAGUCCUACACACGUGUGUAUCAGUUCAUGCGGUUGACGGUGGCGGCAGAGUUGCAGCCGUUGCUCUGCACGGCCACAUUCAGGGACAUCAUCGGGAAGAACCUCAGUAACGCUUUUGGUAUCUGGUCACUCGAUGCGGGCGAUAAGGAGUUCUUUGGGUACUCGGUGUACCCAACCGCGUCCUACUUCAACCACUCAUGCUGCCCGAACCUUGUGAAGACGCGUAAGGGCCGCAGCUUGCAUUUCACCACCAUGGAGGACAUCCCCGCGGGCGCAGAGAUGUAUAUCUGCUACGGGAACUCGGGUGAGGAGGACCAGACGGUGAGACAGAAGGAGUUGGACGAGUGGCAUUUCCAAUGUCAAUGUGGGAAGUGUUUGAGCGAGGCCCAGUGA